AUGCCAAGAAGACAUUGGUUGGCAAGAGGACUUGUUUCCGGUGUGAACGGAGUGGUUGGUGUCCAGAUUGGCUUGUCGGUCGCCUCGGUUGCUCGUAGUCAACUAGUUCCAUUCGGAGGAACCCCUUCAUUCAAUUCUCAUGCGUCAGAGGCAACCCCCAAGUGCCAGUAUGAAGAAGCUGUCAAGAGCUACCUGACAAGGAUUUACCGAUACGAGCACUCCCAUAAUAAGAAUAAGGAUCUGUCGUUGCAGAGUAGAGGUCUUACUGUGAAGCUCGCAGACGGGGUUACGUGGCAAGACCCCAAAUGCACUUUUCGGGGUCUCCAAGAGGUCCGACAAGCCUUUUGUUUUCCUGUGGAACUGGCAGAUGCACCACUGUGUGUCAACGUAGACGCAUCGGAAGGAGGAGACAACAUUGUCUUGACCUAUACAUUGUCGUACAACAACAACCAAUGCCAAUCCCUCUUGAGCGUGUGGGUCAAAAAAGUUCCAAAAAAGGACUCUCUUCAAAUGGCGGAGAUUGUCAUAACCAAGAUGGAGGAACAAUGGAAUGGGAUGCCCUUGCUGCGAUCAUUGCCUUUCCGGACUGUACGACGCAUCAAUGGACUUGCUGCCUAUCAUGCAAGUCUUGGGUUGGGUUGGUAG